AUGGCGUUAAUCAGAAUUGGACUGAUGCGAGUGGGACACAAGAAAGAUACGUAUUUACGUGAUGAUACGUUUGAAGAUUUUGAAGACCUAGAGAAGGUCUAUGGACAAAACAUUGCAAAAGGAAAUAAUACAGUGGGGUUAGGAGAUACCACAGGUGCUCAACAAACUUCAUCUUUGAGACGUUCGAAUGCGAUUGAAAAGCUCCCAGUAAGAAAGAGAGCUAGAACUGACGUAUAUAAUGUGGAGAAAAUUUCAGAUGAAAUAAGUGCUGUCACUGGGACUACCAAUCAGAUUGUCAGUAUGAUUCAACAAAGAUGGCAAAAGAAAGCCGAAGAGAAAGAAGCUGAAGAAAAAGUUAAUAACGUAUGA